GCUCUCCUUGCUGUCUUUUAUUGGGGUGCCCUGUUGUAUUGUGUCUUUACAAAUGAAUGUGUUUAGUAUAUAUCUGCAAAUAUUUCAAAUGGGUCUUUGAUUUGUAUCUUUAAAUUUGAAAUGGUGUUGUAGGUGGGGAAAAAAAUCUCAGACCUUAUUCGAGAUUCAGGCAGCCAGACGUCUGGUUCAGAGCAGGGCAGGUGGCAAACAGAACUUACCCAAGUAGCAAUAGAGUUGAUUGAGUUUUGAUGUGAUGGAACCAACAAGAGAUUCUAAUAGUAGGUCACGGGACAUUGCUUCAUGGACUAGUGCCGUUUCUCAUUACAUGUUGGAGUGUAUAUUGAAGCAGUACAAGAGUGGUAAGAGUGGAGAUAAUGGACUGAAAAAGGAGCAGUUCAUUGAAAUUGCCAACCAACUGAAAGAGAAAUUAUUUACUAGUUACGACUGUGAACAAGUGAGAAACCACUUCCGGAUUUGGAAGCAAAGGCUUAGAGCAUUGAGUGACCUACAGAAGCAAAGUGGAUUGGGGUUGGAAUGCAUCUGAUAUGAGAUUUGAUGCUCCUCAACACUUCUGGAAUGAUUAUAGUGUAUAAUGGAAUUUUUUAAAUUAUAAUUUCUAUAUAAUUGUGUUUUUUUUUCUUACUUACAACAUAAGCACAUUGACAUUGUCCUUUAUAUUGCUAGAAAAAAUAACAAAAGUAUUGGAAGGAACAUAGUGUGCUCCCAAUUCACCUUGAAGUUGGAGCUUUGCUAAGGAAAGAGAUGGCAACUGGGAAUGAUUCAACAGUCCCCUCUGAAGCUGCCACUGAAGUUAUGAUGGACGUGAUAGGUACUCAGGUUGAGGGAAUAGGAAACAAUGAUGGUGUUGACUAUGAACAUAUUGAAGAAGAAGAAAGUGUUCCUUCCACUCCCAUUGGUAGUACCAGCCGUUCUCGAGGAAGACCUCGUGGGUCCGUCAAUAGUGGUAGAGAAAAGAGGAAGAAGGGUGCAGCUGAAAAGGCGGUAAGUUCAUUGAAAUCAAUUGCUAACUCAAUCGAGAAGAUGGUAAUGAGUGAAUCUCAGUCUGAAUUUGGGAGAGCAAUUAUAGAUGCUAUUGAUGCCAUUCUAGACCUCAAUUUUCAACAAAAGUUUAAGGCCAAGGAAUAUUUCAUGGCCAAGAGGAAUUCUGCCAUUAUCUUCUUGGAAACAAGAGUAGAAGAUAGGCGAAAUCUGCUUGAGAUGUACUUGCCAGAGAUUGAGAAGAAUUGAGGUGAUAAAAGGAAGUGUUUGGACAUUCUACGACAAUGG